AUGAAAAUGUUACUUUGUAGUAUUUAGCUAAUUGUUUAAGAUUAAUCAAAGUAGAUAAUAUCAGUCUUUUAUAUCAUGAAGAAGCUAGAUUAAUUCAAUUGUAGGUUAUUUUUAGAAAUCUUCCAAACUUAACCUUUGAACUUUAAAAUCUAGCCAAUCUAGAUAAUUUAUGGGAUGAUGAUAUAAUUAAUUUUAAUGAAGCAGAGGAGGCAGUCUAAUCAAUACAAUUUUUUGAAAUCCAAGAAUAACUGCUGGUUGGUAAGCGGUUAACAUCAUUUAUUUCUUCAUGCUGAGUACAUAACAAUAUCCCCAGAAUUUUAGGCUCUAAUUCCAGCUGUAAUUUAUAAUUAAAUCAAUAAUAGAUCCCAUUAGUAUUACUAGAGGCACCUUAAUCGAUUAUUGACGAAGCGAGAGUUCAGAUUUAAACUAUAACUAAAAGAGCGCUAUUUGAAUAGUCAGUUGGUCAAAUUUAAUUUUUGUUGAAGUUGUAUGAUUAUUACGAAACUUGGAACAAAUUGAAUGGGUAUUAAGCAACCAUUCAAACUAUUUGGUCAGUUUUGAAUGGAUCUUUAUAAAUAACUUCUUUAUUUUAUUUUAGUAAUGAACCCGAUAUGUUUAUAUCUGCAUUAAUAGUUUUAACCGCAGUCAAUCCAAUUUUAUAGAUGCUAUCAUUUGCCAUAUUUUAAAAACGUGUAUUUAAAGCUUUUUCAACAUUAAAAUAGUUGGCUUAUGUUUUUUUCUUUGCAAUAUUUAACUUUUUAAAGAUAUGGGACAUAGUUAUGAUUUGUUUAUAUCUAGGAGUUGAAGACUUCACAGCAGAGGUGUCUAGAACUUUUAGUUCUGAAGCUUAUUUAAAGUUCAAAAGUUAUGCCUCCAAAUUUAAAGGUAGUAUAGCUACUUCAGUAUUUAAGUAUGACCUUGUCUAAAUUGAUCCCAAGGAUAUUUUUUAAAUUAAAAAUUAACCUUUCUAUGAGGCGGUAAUGUGGAGAGCAAAUGUUGAAGAAGUUUUGAAUAAAAUUCCUUAGUUCUUUGUCUAUAUUUUAUCAUUAUCAUCAACUCAAAUUGAUCCAUUAUGGAUUGCGUCAAUUUUUCAACAAAUAAAAGAAAGUAUUUAGGCAGUAAAAGAUAUAUUAGAGGUUGUAAUUAAAGACUAUUUUAUUCCAGCUUUAAUUUUAUGCAGCGUUUCAGUCGAUUAAUUCUUUUCAUCUAUGUUGUAUUUGAGCUCAAUAUCAAAUUAAAUACUUUUGGAAUAUCCUAAAUCCUUCUAAAUUGUUUCUAAAGUGUAAGAAUAGUAUUUAAGAGAAAAAUUUAUUUUUAAAAUUAAUUUGAAAACCUUAAAUUUUUCCAACUAUGCAGAUUUAAAAAAAUAGAAGAUGCUAGCAUAGUUUAGGUAUGUUCUUGCUUAAAUAAAAACAGUUUUAGAAAUUGAUUAAGCACAAAGAUUAUUUUGUAUGGGACCUGAAUUGAAUGAUUUGAUAAGAUGUUUAAAAGUUAGUCCUUUGUAUUAAUUAAAAUUGAAUUAUUACUUAGAUGAAAUAAAUCCUAUCCAUAUUCCUCAUAUUAAUGCAUUUAUUAAAAAUUGUCCUUAAAGAUUACAAUUUUUACAACUCUCAGUCGAAUCUAAAAAUUUUACAUAAAUGUCAUUUUGUGUUGGAAGGGCUGAAACUCUAAAAGCUUUUUCUUUUUCCUAUCUCUAAAUAAUAACUAAGCUAAUUCAUAAUCCUGCAGCUGUAGUUGGUUUAAUUAUGUUGAACAUAGAUCAAAAUUUUUUAAUUUUAGAUAGGUAUGAUUUUGAACAAUUAUAUUUUGAAAUAUUUGGUAAUCUUAUUUUAGAUAUUUGCAGGUAACUAUUUAAUAGAUUUACUUAAUAUUAAGUUUUCAAGGCUUCCGUUAUCAAUAAUAAUGAAGCCAUUCAGAAUUUUUAUUUUGUUUAAAAUUUAAUUAGUAAUUAUUUGGAAAUUCUAGAUCUCACUUUUGAAAAUAUUAGAUUAGAUUUUGGGGCAUUCUAAUUUACCAAUCUCAGUAUUUUCAAAAUGAUUUUAAUAAAGUGUGAAUUUGAUAGUAAGAGACUGAGGAACAUUUUAAACAAUCUAAAUAAUAGAACAAGGCAGGUUUAUAUAGAUAUGUCGUAAUGUUCAUUACGCUUUACGGCAAUUUAAUAGAGAGAAUUAGUGAGACAACUAGAACAAAGAAGGAUAGAUGUUUUCAUAAAAAUAUGA